AUGGUCUUACGCCGUGAUGGCAACGGUGGGGGCAAGAUAAGUAAGAAGCCGGCUGCUAGGGCCACUGGUAAAAUGAAGCUGGGGCGGAAACCUCGCAGGGAAAGGGACGGAGACGGUGUGCAGAGAUCAGGCGUACUAAAUUUAAACAAUCCGUUAAUACCUCCAGAAUUUGAUGAGGAUAUCGAUGACGACUUAGCCUUCAAUAGCGACGAUGAAGAAAUGUAUGGGCACUUCUUCACCAAGAAGAGGACCAGUGAGGCCCUGGCUCCCCCAAAAGCGAGGUCGAAGCAAAACGGCAAGAAGCCAAGUGGCAAACGAUGUGAAGGAGAGGACGAUAUGGACGGUGAAGAUAAUGCGCUGCUGCUCCAGCAGCUUCGUGCCCUCGGCGAGAUUGACGGCCCCGAAGACUUGGAUUUCCACGAAAAGGACGAUGAUGAUGAUGAUGAUUGCAUAGACAUUGCCGACAUGCUCGAUGCCGCCCAGGGUGCUGAGGACAGCAACCGAGGUGAAACAGCUGCAACUCGAAGAAAAAAGAAAAAGAAGAGAGUCGACGAGGACGGAAUUACCAAGAAACGCCGCCGCUCGGGGGUAACAGAGGAGGACGAGUCGAUUUAUGGACCUGCCUCUGGUGUGACAGAUAGCAAGUUCGGUAGCGCUAUGCAGGAAAUGAUUGCUGCAGCUCCCAAAACGGCGGCGCAAUCAAGGUUGCAGCGGAGCUUGGCUAACAAGAAUAACCUUAUAAGCGUUGACGUGGACGAUUAUACAAAAGAGAGAGCAAUGCGCGAAAAAGUUCGGGAGGUGGUGUCACAAGACCUGGAGAAAUAUAAGAGUUUUUUGCGAAGCUACCAUGAGUCGAAGCACAUACAACUACCUAUGCGAAUGCCAGAAAGCAAUCCAGUGCCGUCGACACUAGGUGCAAUUGUUGCAGCGGCUGAAGCAAAUCUUGUCGUGGACAAACAUGAGGGAGCGACCACUUCUGCAACGUCAAUUGCUACAGAUGGUAUGACCGGAAAUGCGACGCGCACGUCCGCAUUUCGGUUAGCGGGAAAGGUCAACUCAUUGCUGACGAAGGCGGGAAUUUCAAAAGCCCAACUAGUGUCUGAGCAAAGGGGCGAUGGCAUCGUACCGUUUGACACUAACGAUAAUGAUGACGGUGUUGAAGACACAGGCGACUUGUGCCGACGCAGAGGCCGGGAGAGCGACGCCCCGACAACGAGUUAUAUGGCAAAGUUGAAAGCGAUGCUGUCGUAUGAGAACGCACGCCGCCGCCGCGUCAAUCGCAUUAAAAGCAAAACUUACCGUCGUAUAUUACGACACGAAAAGGAGCGCGAGAGGGAGCGGCGGGAAAAGGCUUUUGAGCUGCUCCAUCCAGAAAAGGCACGCGCCAAACUUGCCGAGAGGCUGAUGAAGGCUCGAGUGGAGGAGCGGAUAACUCAGAAGCACAAAAACACAAGCAAGUGGGUGCGGCACGCGAAACGUUUUGCCCAGUUCGACGAGGCCACAAAGGAUGCGAUAAACGAACAACACAUGUUACACGACCGACUUAUGCGCAAAAUGGAGGAGGAUGCCGAUGCCGAUGCCUUUCUUAAUGCCGCAAAUGAGGAUGGCGGUGGGAGCGAGGCUUCAAGUGAGGAAGAACGUGUGGUUGACCGUAUCAUUGCUGAUGCCACUGAAAAACUUUCAGGCCAAGAAGGGGCCCACGGCACCGAUAGCAGUAAAAAGAAGUUGACCUCUCUUCUUUGGCGCGGUGUUGAUGAUGAUGUGGAGGAGAGUCAGGUAGUUGCAGCGGCCAACAUGACACCAACUGAAAAGGCACGUGCUGAGCUACGUGGGAUGAAGUUUAUGCAACAAGCAAAGGAGCGCGAGGAGAAACGCUACGAGGAGGUAUUGGAUCAAAUUCAGGAGGAUAUUCGCCGGAAAGCAUGUGGUGAAGCCGUCGACAGUGACGACGAGCCGUCCGAUUUCCCUGAGGACGUUGAGGAUUUGGACGCGGCUGAACCCAGGCGUGUCGGAGCGCCCCGUAGUCUCCCCGCGAAGUCCAACGCUAGCCUCGGUCGUUUAACUUUCCAGAAAGAGGGUAAAGAGGAUGGUGGCAAAACAACUGUUAAGGUGAUGGAAAACAUCCAACUUAAGCGCAGGCGCGGUAUUGAUGCCAGAGAGGGGCAACAAAAAGAAACCUCCCAGAACAACGUCGGUGAGUCGUCUGAAGGAGGGGAUGAAGAGGGGCCGAUGAGAGAGAGCGGAAGUGAUGAUGAGGCUGUGAUUGAGAAUACUAGGCCUGCUCCUAUUGUGAAGGGAAAGGUGGACAGGACCAAGCCAAAAGGUGAAUUUGCCGGAUUGCGGAAGGCCAAAACUGUUCCACCUCCCGCGUUAAGCAUAGAUACCCCCACACCUUCCACGGCGGGAAAGAGAUCGAUCAGCACGCGCACAACUAUCCUCCCUAAAGUGACUAAGCGACCUCGAGAUCAGUCCUCUUCAUUUGGCGAAAGCGAGAGAAAGGGGACAACUGCGUCAAACCCCACCAACAAAAUGGGCGUCGCUCAGCAAGAAAAUUCGCGGGAGGAAGGAGACGAUGAGGAAGCCCUUCUGAAGCAGCAGGAGUAUCUUAUCGCUCGUGCAUUCGCGCAGGAUGAUGUCGAUGCCGACUUUCUUGCUGAGAAGACUGCACAAGUAACCAACAUCAUGAAGCCUGUGGACAAGAACGCCACUCUUCCCGGGUGGGGGGAGUGGGGAGGGAGUGACCCCCGCCUGAAUAUUAAGCAUCAGGCGAAGUUACAUGAAAUGGAGCUACAGCGAGAAAUCCAGAAGACAACGUUGCUAAAAAGCCGUGCCGAUGCCGCGCUUGAUCAUGUUAUCAUCAAUCAUGACGGUGUAGAGCUUGUGCCAGAUCGGAUGUUGUUGCACAUGAUUCCGCGCCCUUUUAGUAACCCAACUGAGUUUGCACGUUCAAUGCGGCACCCGUACGGUCCUGAGUGGAAUUCUGCCAUUUCUUUCAAGGAAGCAAACCAGCCACGUGUGGAAGUACGGCAAGGUCACGUGGUGGCGCCGCUUGAUCUCUCGCUACGUGGGAAGAAGGUUGCAAAGACCAAGAGACGUAAAGGUGAGAUAACAACACGCGUGUAG